GAUGGUCUUUUGCUCAUUGUAGCCCGUUGUAGCCUCCUAAAGACAAAGGAAUAUCCAUUGGAGAGGGGCCCUUCUCCGCUAGGUUCCGUCUUUCGCAUACUCCCAACAAGAACUCUUACAAAGAAUGGCUUCUUGUCUCUUUUCUCCUAUCCUUAUCGUACACCCCACUUCCCGUUCCACUCUUCGAAGAAGAGCUUUUGCGGUGGCGGAUUUAUCAGCAGAGAAUGGUAGUAGUGGCAGCGAUGAUAGUAAUUCUUCUCAUCAGUCAACCAAAUUGGUCACCUUUUUGGGCAAAGGUGGGUCCGGCAAGACCACCUCGGCGGUUUUCGCCGCUCAGCAUUAUGCAUUGGCUGGGCUCAGCACAUGCUUGGUGAUACAUAACCAAGACCCCACAGCUGAUUAUCUUUUGAAUUGUAAGAUUGGAACUUCUCCCGUCACAUGCAACAAGAACCUUUCGGCUGUUAGGUUGGAAACCACUAAAAUGCUUCUUGAACCUCUCAAUCGACUAAAGCAAGCAGAUGCUCAUCUUAAUAUGACCCAAGGAGUUCUCGAAGGGAUUGUGGGAGAAGAGCUUGGGAUGCUUCCUGGGAUGGAUUCUAUUUUUUCGGCAUUUGCACUUGAGAGGCUUGUAGGAUUCUUGAGUAAUGUGGCUCAAAGGAGCAACAAAAAAGAUAAAUUUGACGUAAUAAUAUAUGAUGGAGUCAGCACUGAGGAAACUCUACGGAUUAUAGGUGCAGCCAGUAAAGCAAGAUUGUAUUUGAAAUAUCUACGGAACCUGGCUGAAAAGACUGAUCUUGGGAGAGUGGCUGGUCCUUCACUCAUGAGACUUGUAGAUGAAACCAUGAGUAUUACCGGCAGCAGGUCCUAUCUGAAUGGGAAAAUGAGUGCAGAAGUAUGGGAAACUCUGGAACAAAUGUUGGAGAGAGGAUCCUCUGCCUUCUCAGAACCGCAUAAAUUCGGCUGCUUCCUUAUGAUGCAUCCAGAUAGUCCAAUCUCUGUCAAUUCUGCAUUACGUUAUUGGGGCUGUACAAUCCAAGCUGGAGCACAAGUUUCUGGUGCUUUUGGUAUUGCUUCUCCACAUUUGAAUGUAGAAUCAAUGGAAACAGUCAAGAAAACUUUUUCACCCGUGCCUUUUGCUUUCAUUCCACAAUUCCAAUUCAGUUUCCCUCUUGACUGGAACAAAAUUUUGCUCAACACUGUAAGUGAAGAUGCAAAGAAUCUUCUUUCUGUGCCAGCAAGCCGCAGCAGCAAUAUGUCAUCGGUAAAAUUUGAUUCAGCCAAGAAGUCAGUAACCCUUCUCAUGCCAGGUUUUGACAAGUCUGAGAUCAAGCUAUAUCAAUACAGGGGUGGAUCCGAGUUACUGGUGGAAGCAGGGGACCAAAGACGUGUCAUUCUUCUACCUCCUGAGAUUCAAGGAAAGGUGGGAGGUGCCAAGUUCCUGAACAGAAGUCUUGUAAUCACAAUGCGGUAGUGGAAUUACACUGAUAAAUAGUAUUCUUUUUUUCGCUUUGGAUAUUAUAGUGUUCAUAUGAUUGAUGAUUUGAUAUUGAUCUAUGUGAGAAUCACUUGUAUUUUGAACACAUGUUUGUUUGUAGAAGGGUUGAAUUCAUUCAACCCUGUUUUGAAGAAAACUUUAAUGGGUUGGGGUUAAUAAAUCAACUAACCAUUGUGAUGACAA